CAAUUAUCGAAAGAGCUCUAUCAAAAGGUAUAUAAGAUAGAUCGAGGUGAAAAAAUCAGGCAAGACAAGUCUACAUACUCCGGAUCAGGUGUAUACUGCAAUACGUGUUCAUGAAUUUCAAUGCGCAAAUCCUCAAAACUCCUCGAGGAUUUUUCGAAACCGCUUGGCUUCCAUUGGAAGAAGUCGUCCAACCUCCACUCAAAAUAUCAGCCCUACCUGCGACCGUGUAAAUCACGAGCUAAACCUCACGGCUCCGCUACAACAGAACAACAGCAACAACAGCUGUGUCCGUCGUAUGCGCGCAUUUGCAACUUCAUCUGGAGAGCCAAGGCAUCUCGAAGCUAUUUGUCAUGGCUGAUUCACAACGAGGAGCUGGAGAUGGAGGGGAUCGCAACGAAAAGAAUUCUCUCAGCCUACAAGAAAAUUGCGUCGAGUAUAGCAUCUUUCUUGUUGACCCCAACGCCUCGAGUAAUCCCCUGAAGCAACUUUCCAGACUCGAAGAUCUACGAAAGUCUGCUUUGCAACUCGCAAACUCCCUGACCGCAGACUAUAUUUGGCAAAAGGGGCUGUUUACUCUCGAUGUGGUCACAGAGCAAGGCAACUCGUUUCUCCGAGGAACUACUGAUUACGGAGAUGCGAUCGAGGACGAAUGGCUGAUUGUCUUUAUUCUCAGGGAGCUUUCCAAAGCUCAACCCACUGCAUGGAUCCGUGUCUUUGACUCUGAUGGAGAGUUUCUCCUCAUAGAGGCGGCCAACGUUCUUCCAAAAUGGUUGAGUCCUGAGACAGAUCAGAACCGUGUUUGGAUCAGCAAUGGCCGUCUGCGAAUCAUCCCCCACACAACCGAAGACGGCACUAAAACCCGGCUGUUGGCAUUAUCGGACGCUUUGCGCGUCAUUAAGUCCUCUGCCGACUCUCUCUUGCACUCAGAGUUCAUAGAGGCUGAGGCUUUCUAUCGCCUCGAAAAGUACCCUGGCCAGAUUCACAAGUCCAUACACCACUCGCUCGUGACAAUUCCUCGAAGACUUGUCCAUGUCCUACGCCAAACUCCCAAGGCCGUUGCACCAGCUGUGGAGUCUUUCUACCUCCGCGAUGCGCUAGAUCUGAACACUCUCCUGUCUAGCAAGAAAAGUCUUACUUUCCCCCCGGUCGAUCUUGUCACAGUGAGCGUCAAAUUUACCAGGGUGUUAUUCGCUCAACUCAGAUCGCAAAGGUUCGAGCCUCCUGCCCCUUGGGCUAGUCUUAUUCAACGGGCCAAAGGGGUCGAGCACACACAUCUGGAGAUGGGCAUGAAGCUCACGUGUGGAUUCGAAAUAAUGCUCAACAAUGUUGAGAAGGCCGAGAGUCGUGAAGCCAGGGCGGCUAGUAUCAUUGUCCAGGACCUUGAGGAGGAUGGAGACUUAGUGCUCCCUACGGACGAACAAAUCCGCAGCUGGAAGGACGCUAGUCGCGAUGACGACGAGUCCUGGAUGGACAUUAACUACGAAGACUUUGAGAGAGAGCUGUCAGGGCGUUCAGGCGGUACUCAACCUCAGUCGAAAUCGAGCUUUGGAGAUGCCACAACACAAGCGGACCUGCGCAAAAUCGUCUCCCGGUUCGAGGCCUUUCUCAACGAUGAGAAUGCAGGACUAGACGGUGCCGAGAUCAAUGAAAUGGACAUUAAUGAUGACGACGACGAGUCCGAGGGCGGGGAGACAGACGAAGAUGACGAAGAUGAAGACAAGGCGGUCAGCUUUGACGAAGCGGAGUUCUCUCGUAUGAUGAGAGAAAUGAUGGGACUAGCACCCGCAGAGUCCGACGUUCGUAAUGCCCCAAGCAAAUCGCCUGCGGCAAGAGAGAACACUAAGCCCGUCGGGCAAGGCGAGGAACCUGACGACGAUGACCUUCGGAAGCUUACCGCUGAGUUGGAAGCUGAGCUCAAUGAACAUGGUGCUCUCAAGUUGGACCAACCUCAAGGCAGAGCCCUAACUCAAGAAGACAAAGGGAAAGGCAGUGGGCCUGAGUCAAGCAAUGAUGAUGAAGAGGCAGACGAUGAAGUUGACAUUGACUACAAUCUAGCCAAGAACCUCCUCGAAAGCUUCAAGGGCCAGGGUGGUAUGCCGGGUCCGGCUGGGAACAUUCUAGGCAUGAUGGGACUUCAGCUUCCGCGAGACGAGGACGACAAUGACGAGGAAGAUAAGAAGAAGCGAUGAAGACAAACGUUCGAGAUCUUGUAGGUCAUUAAUCAGUCUUCAUUGAAACGACGAAUGCAUCUUCCUCCAUGAAGUCACCGUACGCC